GUCGUUGUGCAGGGUCUGCUCUGGGUACCUGGUACCUUCCCUUCCUUGCUCUGAUCAGUGCAUCAGAGUCCAGUCACAGAUAAAAACCUGUUUGUGGUACAGGGUGCUCAAAACCACGUUCCCAAGUUUUGGCAGAAAUAAAGGCCAGUUAAUAGAUUAACCUAAUGUGCUGUGAAAACAAAUGGGCUUUCUGGCCCAGGGUGACAUGUGUUUGCUGCGAGUCCAUAGCUUCCACUCCACUGGUAAUCAAAGUUCAAUUGAAUUUAAACCAGACCUAGAUUAAGUCCUGUGUCACAGUCCCAAAAGGGAGAGCUUCCUCUCAGCUCCACUGCUGUCUCCUGGCAGCAAUGGUGAAGCUUGAAUGCCUUUCUCUUUGCUCCUGAGCACAGGACAAUGUGCUGAGCAAAAAUAAGUCUUCAGUGACCUGUGUCUCAGCUUCCUCUUUAAAUGGGAACCGGUGAUGUGCACUGUACUGAGAGCCACGAAGUCAGUGUGUCACUUACUGACAAAUUACCUUGCAUUCAAAGUGAUCAAUAGACAAAACACUGUUUAGAGGACCCAAGCAAGUCUGCUUUGUGAUCUUUUUUUUUUUUUCCCUAGCUAAAUUUAACCUCUCCGGAUUGCAAACUCUGGCUGUCGAGGUUAGUUUACAACUAAAUCUCUUUAUUUCACUCCAUAUGGGUGUGUAGGUAGCAGAAAGCUGCAUCCACAGGGGAAAGGGCGUAGCAAGGGUGAGUCAAGGUAGUUUUAGCAAGGAGGGGCCAAGGUAGAGCUGCCUGCUUAAGGACUUUGUGCUGCUUGCAGUUAGUUCUGCUUUUGCUGCCAGUUUACCAAGUGACUUAUCUUGUGAGUUGUCCUAAUGCUGCCCAUUAAACAGAAAUUAAAAGGAGUUCACCAUCUGGCAGAUAGCGUUAGGUACACAGAGCUGGUGUCGAGCAAUGCGGGCUCAUGCCUUCUGUCAGGAAAACCCAGGAAGGAUGUGUCAAACAGCGAGGAGCCUGGAAGGAAUCUGGAUCUCAAGGAACAUUUUCUUGCAGAAGGACAUUAAUCCCAACAGCAUAUCCAGAACGGAUGCGAUAUGCUCCUCGCAGCAGCAUGUUUUAUUGCUGCGGGUAGGAAGCAGCUUUCCAUCUGGACUUUCUGGUUUGUAAUCCUGAUUUGAAAUGCAGUUUGUGCCUCGGUAAUGGGGCUGAUCAGAUUAGAGCCUCGUGUGGAAUGUGGCAGGGAUCAGCGGUGCAGAACAGCAGCCGUGUCUGCCCAGUGCUCCAUAAACCUGGUGUCCUUCCUGGACCCCCCUGUUGCACUCCUCUCCCUCACUGCUCUCUCGAAGCAUUUCCUUAACAGGUGGCUCUUCGGGGGGGGAAAAAAACACCCUUUUUUUAGUGUGCUGAGAGCGGGGGAGGCAGAGCCCCGCUCUUGGCUGCGCUCCCACUUGGAGACGUGAGCCCCAUUCUGGAUGCAUCGUCCCCGGCUGCGGCAGCGCUGAUGAGCCUGUGGUCAGGAGCACAGAAUUCAGAAGGAAAGAGGUUGUGGACAGUGGUAGAUAUGGAAAGACUGGUUGAACGGUUGGAGAAGGCUGUGGAGCGCCUGGAGACGGUGUGCCAAGGGCCUGGCAUGUGUGGAGAUGGCUCUUCCAAAGGAGUGGCUCAGUACGUGCAGGCGUUCGAUGCCCUUCUGGCUGGCCCAGCAGCUGAAUACAUCAGGAUCAGCAAAGAAGUUGGUGGGGAUGUGCAGAAGCAUGCUGAGAUGGUUCAUGCGGGUUUGAUGAGCGAGAGGGCUCUCCUGGUGAUGGCAUCUCAACAUCAGCAGCCGACAGAGAAUGCAUUCUCAUCGCUUCUGAAGCCGAUUUCGGAGCAAAUCCAGGUGGUGCAGAACUUCAGGGAGAAGAACCGCGGUAGCAAACUCUUCAACCACUUAUCAGCCGUCAGCGAGAGCAUCCCCGCCCUGGGCUGGGUGGCCAUGGCUCCAAAGCCUGGUCCUUAUGUGAAGGAAAUGACCGAUGCUGCCAUGUUUUAUACCAACCGGAUCCUCAAGGAGUACAAGGAUGUAGAUAAAAAGCAAGUGGACUGGGUGAAAGCUUAUCUGAGUAUCUGGACAGAGCUGCAGGCUUACAUCAAAGAGUAUCACACCACAGGGCUGACCUGGAGCAAAACGGGUCCUGUAGCCACAGAAGGGACCAAGUCACCAUCUGCUCCCCCCGCGGGGGCUGCGCCUCCCCCGCCGGGUCCUCCUCCACCCCCUGCUCCUGCCCCCGCCAGCUCCAGCGCUGACGACGCUGCCUCCCGCUCCGCUCUGUUCGCCCAGAUCAACCGGGGAGAAGGCAUCACCUCUGGCUUAAGACAUGUUUCAGAUGACAUGAAGACCCACAAGAAUCCAGCCCUGAAGACCCAAGGAGGUCCCGUGAGAAGUGGACCCAAACCUUUCACUGGUCCCAAACCAGCCUGUAAUGCUAAUCCCGCCCCAAAAACCUCUCCAAGGGCACCUGCGUUGCUAGAAUUAGAGGGCAAAAAGUGGAGAGUGGAAAACCAGGAGAAUGCCACUAACCUGGUAAUCAGCGACACAGAGUUGAAGCAGGUAGCAUAUGUUUUCAAGUGCACAAAUAGCACGCUCCAAAUCAAGGGCAAGAUCAACUCCAUCACCCUCGAUAACUGUAAGAAGCUAGGGCUGGUCUUUGAUGACGUGGUGGGCAUCGUAGAGAUCAUCAACAGCAGGGACAUCAAAGUUCAGGUAAUGGGUAAAGUGCCAACGAUUUCCAUCAACAAGACAGACGGUUGCCACGUGUAUCUGAGCAAGAACUCCCUAGACUGUGAGAUCGUCAGUGCCAAGUCAUCCGAGAUGAAUGUCCUUAUUCCCACCGAGGGUGGGGACUUUACUGAAUUCCCUGUCCCAGAACAGUUCAAGACAGUGUGGAACGGUCAGAAGUUGGUUACCACUGUGACGGAAAUUGCUGGCUAAGCAGAAAGGCUCCAAGGCUCACGCCCUCCCCUGGCCCUGCUGUGGGACAAAUCUGCUUUCAGAUGAUUCUUUUAGAUUUCUUGUACCUUUCUGCUCUCAAACUGCUUCUCUUCUACCCGAGAGACACAGCUGCCUGCCGGCACUGAGAUGCCUCUGCCCGGGGCUUGGUGUAGGUGGUGGGUCAGUUAUUGUCCACAUCUAUUAGCAGGAAGGUGAAUUCUCUUUUUGUUUCCCCCCUUGUCUGGUCUAACUGCACCGAGUGGUCGAGUCAGGUUUAUGGUGAACUUCACAGCCAGUCCUGGCAGUUGGCUUUCAGAGUGUUGUUUGGGUUUUUUUUAUAUUGCUUUUAAGGAACCUGUUCACUUGAGAGAGGAACGUUGUCCCCUUUUAACAAAUAACGGUGUCUGUUGGGGGCCAGAGCACCCGGUUACUAUGGUGGAUGUCUUGAGAAAGUCCUUGGAAGCUGCUCAUUCCAGCUCUCUGUACUAGUUGGUGACAUUCCAGCACAUGGGAAUGGUUUUGUGAGACCAAAGGCUGAGGAGCUGGGCUGUAGCAUUCCACCCCCAAUUCUCUUUCAUCAUUCCUACUAGCUCAGUGCAUUUCCAGUUGUGCCAUGUCAGGAGGCUUCCUAUUAACCAGUGCCACAGGACGAGCGCAGCACAGUGGCUGGGGUUACCCCCCGGCUGUCUGGCUGGUAUCUUGGAGCUGAGCACCUAUUAUUCCAUGAGCCCUUCGCUCUCCCAAGGGAAUCUUUACUCCAGGGCUUCCUUCUCGGAGCAGCUGAACUCAGGUUCAGUCUUCCAGGGCAGUUCUUCGAGCCUGUCCCCUUCUGCUGAGGAAGAGGCUCCUCCAGCCCAGGCUCAGUAGUGCAGUAUUGUAAAUACCCGAGGUGAUCACCUCGGUUCAUCACUCUCUUCCUCACCUGCAGUCAGUCCCCAUAAAGCAAAUCCUCUCACCCUUCCCUUGGUACUUGGCUCUUUACGUUGGUGGAAGCUCGUAGCCUCUGUUCCAGGGCCCUGGAGCAGCGCUGGAGCCAAGGCACAGUACUGUACUGACCACAAAGGGAGCUGCACGUGCUUUGACCUUCAGGUUUUCCAACGCCUCGGGUGGCAUAAGCAUAUCCUAAAUGCAUUUCCUCUGUAAAGUGUCAAUGUUCUUUUUUUCUCUAGUACAAAACUUACGAAAAAGAAAAAAAAAAGAAUAUGCAAUUUUUUUAUUUUGAGACUGUCCCGUGACUUGUACUCGUCUUCUCCUGAGGCUUGUGGAAAAAACCUUUCUUAUGUACUUAAGAUUAUACAGAAGAUAGAAUAAAGUUAAUGCCAACUUGCUCAGUA